AUGGGCGGAGUGACCUCUUCGAUUGCAGCCAAGUUCGCGUUUUUCCCGCCGAAUCCGCCGUCGUACAGAGUCGUCCCCGACGAGUCGUGUGGAGGGGUACUGUACAUUCCGGAGGUGCCUAGAAGGGACGACGUGGAUGUGAUCAAGCUCAGGACUCGCCGAGGGAAUGAAAUCGUGGCCGUACACGUCAAGCACCCCAAGGCCUCGGCUACUAUGCUCUACUCCCAUGGAAAUGCUGCUGAUUUGGGCCAGAUGUUCGAGCUCUUCGUCGAAUUGAGUGCUCGCCUUCGGGUUAAUUUGAUGGGCUAUGAUUACUCUGGCUAUGGACAGUCAACUGGGAAGGCAACUGAAUAUAAUACAUAUGCCGACAUUGAUGCAGCUUAUAAAUGCCUCAAGGAGAAAUAUGGGGUCAAAGAUGAGCAACUAAUAUUAUAUGGUCAGUCUGUUGGUAGUGGCCCAACUGUUGAUCUUGCUUCACGUUUACCAACCUUGAGAGGUGUGGUGUUACACAGUCCUAUUUUGUCAGGGCUGAGGGUGUUGUACCCUGUCAAGCGGACGUACUGGUUUGAUAUUUACAAGAAUAUCGACAAAAUGGCAUUGGUGAACUGUCCUGUCCUGGUUAUACAUGGGACAGCAGAUGAAGUUGUAGAUUCGUCCCAUGGGAAGCAACUUUGGGUGCUUUGCAAGGAAAAGUAUGAACCUUUAUGGCUUAGUGGAGGUGGACAUUGCAAUCUUGAGCUUUACCCAGAAUUCAUUAAACAUCUAAAGAAAUUUGUACAUAGCCUUGGCAAGUCAAAAUCAGCCACAAAUGGUUCUAAAACAAGUACAGUAGAUUCUGACAAAUGCAAACAACCUGAAACCGGCACUUCAGAUUCAUCCGAAUUGGGUUCUGAUCUUCCGGAAGUUUCUAGAAACAGCUUAGAUAGUCGACUUGAGAAGUCUAAAAAGCCAAACAAGCCUGAAAAGUCUCGGAUGAGCACUGACCGAGCUGACACCUUUAAGAGAAAGAGUUUAGUGUGGUGA